AUGCCUUCUUGGACCAUCACCAACGACGACAAGAUGAGCAGUUGGCGGGACCAGCUCUCGCCUCGGAACUUGAGUUUCCGGGGCUUCAGAAGAGCUUCAGAGUCAGUAGCAAAGACAACCUCAACGGCGAAAACAGACUUUACCAUGAUGCAUUAUCCUGACCGGCCCACGAGGAGGAUCACUGAGGCCGAUAUUCCCAAUGACGAAGAGUGUAAAAAGACACUUGUGAGAAUGAGAAAGGCCUCUUUUGCAGAGCAAUUACACCACCGAAGACAUGAAUACCAUAUUCAACAUCAAAAUCAAUUAUCUCCUGUGCCAGAACCAACACCUACGCCAGAAGAACCAUUUUCAUUAAGACCGCCUACAUUAAAAGUAUCCCAAAUCGAGCCUCCUCGGAUAGAACCACCAUCAUCGUCACCACAACAGUCAGAACAGCCUCGGGUGGAGGAGCCACGAGCACAGCAACCGUCGAGAUUAACGUUUGGUCCUUUCAACGGUCCAUUCCGAUCAACUUACGGUUCACUUUCACCGGCUCAAGAAGAGCUAGAAAACGUCGACAACGAUGAGCCUACAGAAACAACGCAAGGUGUACUACAAGUGCCAGAACCAGCGAUUGAUAUUCGAAAAAGUAUCCUGGCUGUAGAUGAUCUCAACUUGGCAACGGGGCCAGCUGCUUCGCCAGUUGUCAUCAGCGAAGCCAAGACUAUCAGACUCGAACGAGUCGAACGAAUCGAUAACACCCCCACCGCUUCACCAUUCUCGUCACCACGACCCAGCAAUGCUUCAAUGACAACAUUGCCCAAGCGAAAGCCAUCAGUACAAAUGGUCGCUAUCCGUCCAUCAUCUCAGGACUCUCAGAGGCGCAAGCCUUCUGUUCACACAGUUGUCGUGCGGCGCCCUUCAUCAAAACCCCAUGUAGAUGCCCUCAGCUCUCAUCCAACUCGCUCAUCUACUGCCACUCAAGUCCACGUUCGACAGGAUAGCUUGUCAGAUCCAAUGUGUCUCGUAUGCCACAACGGAAUCGCUGAGAGGUCUGGUACCUGUUCAAUCUGCGAUAGUGACUCGAUGACAGCGACUCCCGUCGAGAGUAGCCCCAACUUUUCAAGACUUCAUCAUAAACCAACUAUCAAGAAGUACAACCGCCCUCCGCCACUGGUCUCUCACUCUCUCAACGGCAUCGCAAAACUUCACCGUCCUUCUGCAUCUCUCACAUCAGACCCCGAGGCCAACCAAAUCUCACCACCAGCUUCACCUAGCUCGCGCAGCAGCAGCACAGCUGAGACUGUCAAGAGCCUUGCUACCGGACCGUCUGUACCUCCAACGCCCAUGUCAGCGUUGUCAACACCUGAGGUGUUUAAGCGGUUCAAGGAAGAGGUUGAAAAUCGAGCUCAGGCUGAUGAUGGUCCUGCAUUCGAUGAUCCUUGGAUGGCCAAGUGUAAAACUCCAGAAGAUGAUGUUUAUGAGGAUGACUGGGCCGACUACUACUUUGACGAGCAAAACUUCAAUGCUAGGCCCGGCAAACAAACACAAAGCCCAGCGCCCGAUUUGCAAUUUGUCGCAAGCCCAGUUUGCCCCGGUCCAGGUUGGAUAUGA